AUGAUUUAUCAUUUACUGAUUUUAAAAUGGGCAUGUAUGAGCAUAGUGAACUCUCUUCCAAUGGAUGUAACGGAUACAGGUAUCGACAUUAUAUCCAAUAUCAAUGACGGUGAAUUAAAAUAUAAUGGAGAAUUAUUUAGAGUUACACAGGAGACGAAAAAUAUUAAAAUAAAAGAAGAGUUUAAUGAAGAGGAUAAUGAAAAUAAGGAUUUACAGAGAAAUAGUGAAGGUUACAAAAUGAUACCAAAUUUAACAGAAGCUGAAAAGGAGAGGAAAAGAGUAGCUUCUCAACAACUCAAAAUAAGUGAAAACAAACCAGAAAUCCCAGAUGUAACGGAAAAGAAAAAAAGGUCACAAACGAAGGAAGCAAAGAAUCGACUGACGAACAAACAUGGAAUUAAGGAAGACAAACAAGAAAACAAUAAAACAAAAGAAAGAAAAAAGAAGAACAACAACAAAAAGGAAAGAGAAAAGAAGUUCGAACUAGGAAAAACAAAAACAGAAGAAACUAGGAAAAGAAAAGAAAAACAAAAUAACCAAGAGAGGAGAGAAAAAACAACGAAAACAAAGAAAAGCACAGAUGUGCCAGAGCAAAACGAAAACGAAAAUAACAAAACGAUAAAUAAAAUAAAAAGAGCAAUGAUAAAAAAAGAACAAGAUAAAACAAUCGAAGAGGACGGUGAAAAAAAAGAAUUUAAACAAAAUAUAAAUCAAUUACAGAUGGUAAACAAUAAAGCUAAAAAUGAGGACAAAGAGAAGAAUACAAUUGAAAAGAUAAACAAAAACAUAAAUAAGAAAGAAAACGGAGAGACUGAAGAAAAUGUAUCACAAACCAGUGAACAAGGUCAGAAAAAUUUUGAUGGACACAGCACUGUUAGUGACAGUGGAGAAGUGGAUGAGCGUUGGAGUGUGGAUAAUAAUGUGACGAGUGUGACGAAGGAGGAUAAAUCACGUGAAGGCGAGAGAUGGUCGGUCGCAUUGAACAUGGACGGUGAGACUGUGACACAGGUAGUUGGUGAGGACAAGAUGGUAUCAGUUAGUGAGUACGAAUUUGUGGACAACGAACUACAGGGUGCAUCACGAGCACCCGAUGAAGGUUGGGAGUCACAAAUCGAUGCGACGCCUGAGCCGAUCGACCAGACCAACUUGGAUGUGGAAAUCAACACGGUUCCGAUGCUGUCAUUGACUGAGGACAGACUGCAGUCGGGUUCUGUGUCGGAUGCUGUACAGUCAGUGGGCCCACAUGAGGAGACAGGUUCACACGGAAACAACUCUGUCGGUACGGAUGACAACAAGGAGGGUGAGGAAAAUGUGUCACAAUCCGGUCGAACGAGUCAUGUAGAUUUUGGUGGACACAGCACUGUUAGUGACAGUGGAGAAGUGGAUGAGCGUUGGAGUGUGGAUAAUAAUGUGACGAGUGUGACGAAGGAGGAUAAAUCACGUGAAGGCGAGAGAUGGUCGGUCGCAUUGAACAUGGACGGUGAGACUGUGACACAGGUAGUUGGUGAGGACAAGAUGGUAUCAGUUAGUGAGUACGAAUUUGUGGACAACGAACUACAGGGUGCAUCACGAGCACCCGAUGAAGGUUGGGAGUCACAAAUCGAUGCGACGCCUGAGCCGAUCGACCAGACCAACUUGGAUGUGGAAAUCAACACGGUUCCGAUGCUGUCAUUGACUGAGGACAGACUGCAGUCGGGUUCUGUGUCGGAUGCUGUACAGUCAGUGGGCCCACAUGAGGAGACAGGUUCACACGGAAACAACUCUGUCGGUACGGAUGACAACAAGGAGGGUGAGGAAAAUGUGUCACAAUCCGGUCCUUUGGAUUUUGGUGUUUUUAUUUAG